AUGUGUAGUGCACCGUCCAACAAAUCAAUCCCAAAACGAUCACAAGCCAAAUUGUUGCUUACCUCAGCAACAUCUUCCCACAGAGGCAUGUCGACCGAAAACAGCGAGCCCUCAGAGAGUGGGUCGAUUUCCCCUUCUUGGCAGGCCACAAAAUGCCUGCAGGCAUGUAGAUGGAAUAGAUUGUUAGCGGACGAGUGGGGCAUUAUACCAUCAACGUCGCGCCGAAAUCGGUCUCGAUGGAAACCCUUUUAUCCCUCACCAAAUUUUAAGUUCUGCUCGCAACCACCAAUAAGACUUUGGUCAAGCCUCCGACGUGCUGCGUAA